AUGAGCUCGUAUCUGGACAUUUUGCAAGCAUUCGAGACCUCUUCUGAACAAAGAGUCAGUCCGAUUCUGAAUGUGGACCACCACGGCUUUCUUGCGGUGAUUGCUCUUACGAUUGCAAUUGUGCUGAUUUCAUAUGGAUUCUCGUUGACUGGUGCAUCCAAGAAUAGCGCCACACAGUUUGUUUCAUAUGCGGUUCUGGCGUUGGUAGCAUCGAUUUCGCUGGGAUUCGGAGUGAUUCUACUGGCUUCGGCAGUUGGUGUUUACACUUGA